GAAUCCUACAGGCACGGAUAAGACGUUUAUCAUGGUAAGUGGAACUUCGAUGGCUGCACCUCACGUUUCAGGGAUCGUGGCUCUCCUCAAGCACAAUCAUCGACAUUGGUCGCCCGCUGCGAUUAAAUCAGCCAUCAUGACAACAGCCUACACCAAAGACCAAGACGGUAAUCCCAUAAAAGAUGAAUAUGACGGUAAAGAUGCCGGAGUUUUCACGAUGGGCGCGGGUCAUGUCGACCCGGUGGCAGCUAAUGAUCCGGGUCUGAUAUAUGAUAUUGACCCGCACGAUUACAUCCGAUACCUUUGUGGGAUGAAACUUACGGAUUUGGAGGUAUCGACAAUUGCUCGUGGCCCGAUUGUGUGUUCUCAAGUUCAAGCUAUUGAGCCUGAGCAAUUGAACUAUCCUUCAAUUUCGGUGUAUCUCGGAGCUAAAUCGGUAUCGAAGACUGUGAAUCGAACGGUGACGAACGUUGGUGAUGCUAACUCGGUUUACACGGUGAAGGUUGAUAAUCCAGAGGGAGUGGAUGUGGAUGUUUCCCCCAUUACCCUUACAUUCACUAAUGAAGGUGAAAAGCAAGAUUUUACUGUGACAUUGAGUAUUCAAGGAGUUCCACCCAAAGCAGACAAAGUUUCAGAAGGGCAACUGGUAUGGGAUUCUGGCAAGUAUUUUGUGAGGAGUCCUAUUGCAGUUACAUUUACCUGAGAUCCCAAA